GAUGAAGAGAAUGUUUCAGAGGAAUAUCAUAAGAGAACAUGCUUUGGCCAUCAUUGUCAACGAUAACAUCAUUGCAAUUGAUGAUUUAACAGAUCAAUAUCUAGAUAUGUUGGGUUUCAACAUGGAAGACGAUCAAAAUGGGAGAUUAAUCAAAACAUUGAAAAGUCAAAAGUCUAAUAAAUCCAUGUUAAGAGGAUUUACAGGGUUCGAGCAGUUCAGCAGUGAUUCCUCUGGUAGUGAUGAAUCCAGUUCGUAAUUCAAUAAAAGUAAAACCCCUAAAUCAUCUAAAUACUCACAUCUGCAAAGUAUGGAACAAAAGAAGGUUAAAUUUCAUCCAACUCCUGAACCUGAACCUAAGGUCCUCAGAGCCUAAAAUUCAUUCAGAAGGAAAGCAGAUAACAGACAUAAGACUCUUUAGAGAUUAACUUAAAUAUCGAAUAAUAGAUUUACCAAUAUUACUUGCAUUUCAUAAGAUCAAAUCCCGUAGUAAUAGUAAUAAUAAGUUUAAUAAACCCAAUAAACUUAAUAAAGUGUAUAAAAACUAAGGAAAAAUAAUUCAAGUUCGUAUUCAAACAUGGAUCUUGAAAUGCCUGCAAAAUCUCUAUCUAAAUCUGAGGUCACUGGUAGUAACAUGGUUAACUAGUUGGACGAAGUUAUUUCCUUAAGACCCAGCGAUUCUCCUAAUCAAAUUUAGAGAGUGGAUUUUGAAUUAGAUAGAUAUUUUAUUACAACCUACUAUUUUACUCACUUCAAUUUAGAUAAAAUCCUCUAGAAACUUCAAAAGCCCAGAAGAACUAUUAGAUCUGAACACAUACAAAGUAUCAUUAGAAAAUCGAAAAUAAAGCCAAGUUAAUAUACCCCUUUAACUGAUUGAAAUAUUUUUAUAAUUC